CAAGCAGUCAGCCUCCCACCGACCGAUUUCGCGCUCAUCCUUCAUGCUUCUGAAUGUUUUGCUCGGCAGCAUAGCGCAUCAAAAGGCCAGGGUCUAGAAAAGUAUAGUUUGUUUAAAGUGUAAUUUUAGUGUCCAAAAUCACCCAUAACAUGUCCGCAUUGGAGGAAAUAACCAACAGCAAUUCUGCCGCGUCGGCAACUGCCCAGCAGAAGUCCAUUGAGAAGGCUAAUCGGCAGGUAAAUCCCAUGGUAGAUUUCCCAGACUUCCUCAAGUACGACCAGAACGGAUGCGAGCUGGAUUUGUACUGCCGGCGGAAGGCCGACAUGGACUCCAAGACGCUCAAGUGGGCUUUUAAGCUGGCGGAGAAAAACGUUGGACCACAGUACAAAGCCUGCAGCCUCGGGUGGCAACCGAAGGUCAAACAAUCGGACUUGAACAAAGCGUGGGCCCGGUAUUUGGUGGCCCUUGACCGGAAGACUAAGAAACCCGCUGGCUACACGAUGUUCCGCUUCGACUUGGACUAUGGUCGGAGUGUGCUGUAUUGCUACGAAAUGCAGGUGGAUUCGGAGUAUCAACGGAAGGGACUGGGAGCCUUCAUGAUGCAAGCGCUUGAGGCGAUGGUUCGGCACUACGGUAUGGAGCGGUUGGUGCUAACGGUGUUGAAGAACAACGAGGACGGUAUGCGGUUCUACCGGAAGUUGGGAUACGACGUAGAUGAGACCUCCCCGGACAAGUCUGACAACGAAGCGUAUGAAAUAAUGAGUAAAUCUAUGCUUUAGGCUAGCAAGGCUUUAGGACAUCAUUCAGCAGGAAAAUUGUUUUAUAUUCAUCGUGACUGAUUAACAUCUUAAGGUUAAAAUACAACUACAACAACUGUAUAACA